UGUAAUCACAUGUCUCAUAAUAAACUAGUAUAGAAAAAAUUCAUAGGAUAUCUUCAUUUUUGUAAUUUAUUGUCCGCAAUAAUGGCCACCGUGAGUUCAGGAUGCCCCGAAUGCGAAGUCUUUGAAUGCAUACCGAAAAAGGUGUCUUUCAAGUUUAAAAUAAACGGAAUUAAGGAUAUAACACAAGCGAUAAAUAUUAUUAACAAAUCCGACGAGCCUUACGACAUUAGAAUCUACAAUCCGCUAACUCCGUACUUCCACCUGAGCUCGUUUAUACUAGAGGGGACUGUAAAGCCAAAAGGAUCGGUUAGAGCUUACGUGAGCUUUCUAAGGGAACGAAAAGCGAGAAUGUAUUAUGACUACAUAACUGUCGAAUGUUCAAGAGGCUGUGCUUUUGAAAUACAGAUUGAAGCAAGUCCUAUAAUAAAAGAGUUUGCCAAUUUGCCAAAAGAAAUCAAAUUCGGUCACAUCCCUAUUGGUCAAACGAGGAAAAAGAAAAUCAUACUCGAACCGAGAAAAGACGAGAUGCCGUUUCUUUUCGUGACGCUGAAAUUUUGCCCAUCACUCUCGAUCACACCAUCAAGAGGUACGGUUGGAACUGAGGCCGUAGAAGUUGAAAUAAAAUAUUGCCCAUUGGAGUACAUUACUUUAAUGCUGCCAGUCAACAUUUAUCUUCCUACAGUUAUAGCGCUCCCAUUUACUAUGAUGAUUAGUGCACAUACAAAACCUGGAUAUUACAGGAACCAACUUCUUGAAAUUUUGGAAAAUGUUGAUGAAUACAAAGAGGAAAAACCAACAUACAAGGUGCCCAGUUUUGCAAAACCUGCACCUAUGGUAGCAUCGAAAGAACUUAAAAAAGUCGAACCAUCCGCAUGGACGCAGCACGAUGCCAAUAGAUUCCUUAUAAAGGAAAAAUCACAGCAUUGUGAAUACGAAUUAAGAGGACCUUUCGGAAGGUUUCUGGAAGAGGACUACAGAAUCCAAAAGAAAAAAGAAAACGGUUUCUUUGAUUUAGUCCACAAGAUCAAGCGUGAAAAUGAAAUCGCCUAUUCGCAUGAAAAGUGUAAAAUACGCUGGAUUGGUGCCGAUUGGUAUGAAAGAGAAAGGCUGCGCCAAACAUACUUGAAUGAAAAGAACAUGGUCAAUGAUAAUUUGAGUUAUGGUCCUCAGCUAAUCAGGCAACGAUUAAUCAGGCACAUAAAUGAAACAAGUAAGUAUGAGUUCUCAGGACCAGACCGGAAGCCAAACGAAUGGUUUGUGAGAUAUGUGAUUAUGAUUAAAUUCAUAAAUGCAGCUAGAAAAAUUGUGGUUAAGCUGAGAUUGGAAAAAAUUCUUAAGAAGUUAAAGCAUUUGACAAAAGAAGAUAUAGAAAAGCUUGAAAAAAACACCCAUUGAGAGAAGUGUACUGAACUACUUAGCAUCUAAUUUCCAACAAUUAUCGUUCCUUCUGGGCUGCUGCAUUGUGUUGGUGA